GGUCUAGCUCGCAUAUGAUAACAUGCUGGAAUAAUUUUGUUUAAUCCCUUUUGGUCCAGUCUGGUCGAUCGCUAGUCUUUUCCAAUGCUAAAUGGCCAUUCCUUUGUUGACCAUUGUUGCUUGAUCAAGAAUCCAAAUCUUAAUAAUAUGCAUUUUUCUUUUAAAAAAAGAGAUACUGCUGUGCAUGGGAGUUGGCACCGUUGUAUCAUUUCCUUUAAUCUUUUCUCCUGGGGGACGGUUAAACCUCAGUGCUGUAGGUAGCUGGAAUGCAUCCUCCGAGGCUUUUUGCGUCAAAUUUUCAUUUCAAAAUUUGCCGGUCGCUGUCUAAGAAUACAGCGAAAACCCUGCAUCAUUGCUUUAGCUAGCUGCGCGUUGCUAUCCGGCUUUCAAUGGCGAAGAACCUCGCAUCCGGUUUUAGCUAGCUGCAUCAUCGGCGCCAUCACUGUUCCGUUACCCCUUCAUUUUCAACGCCAAUCCUGUCACCGUGCCGGUGGCCCGUGGCCGCGGCGUGGCUUCCGAAGCGUCGACAGCAAGCAGACUGGGAGUGAUCAGUGACCGCAGCAGAUGAGUUCUCGUAGUUAUCACCUCUCUGAUCCAGGUCGGACCAGCCUGAGCCAAUCGAGUCGACGAGCACCACCCAACAAGUCGGUGACGGUGAGUGUCCGCGUCCGCUCGGCUGCCCCAGCGCCAGAGAGAACCCAAUGAUUGGCGCCUCCCAUCACUGUGGUCAGCCGGGCAUGAUGGCGCUGGUGCCUCCAUCCGGUCGGGGAUCCCUGGAUCACGGCCCUCACGCCUCGCCCGCCGUUCCGUACGCGCCGGAGCUGGCGACACCGGGCACGGGCACGAGGCCUCGCCGGAGGCCGCCGACAAGACGGCCGGGCGCGCGGAUUCGUUUGGUUGCUAGCUACCUAGCGCGGCUCAUUUACAUAGUAGCGACGACGCCGGGCGGCCGGGCUGGAACGGCCAGCACGUGCCGAGGCCGAACGCGACGCGGGGGCGCGCGCACGGCGUGGCCGCCGAUCGCUGCAUCGGGGUGUGGCUGCUUCUCGCCGGCCGGGGAGGUGGGGGGUGAAUCUCGCCGCAGGACAAGACAAGAUGUACAGGCCGGAAGCUCAAGGUCGCCUUGCUUGGUGCCGCGUUUUUGUUUGAUUGGGGGGCGGCUUCGCUUCCCUGUCCUUUUGGCACGGCUCUUUGGAAAGUUCAUCCGCCUGCGGGGCCCCUUACCGCCGGUGGGCCCCACCUGUCACGAGCAGGGGCUGGGGGACCUCGAGCUCACACUACUGUCUCAUACACAUGCACUGAUGCUCAUGCAGGUCAUCACAAAGUCACGUACGGAUACACAAGCAGCGUCCGAAUCAGAAUCCCCUCGGCACAUGGCAUGCCCAUCGACACCGUGGAGAGGGAAGAAGAAACGGGGGAAUAAUCAACACGAGGGUUACCGGUCGCCACCAACUUUUCUUCGCGAGCUGCUGCUGCUGCAUUCAGUAGUUUUCUGGUUUGAACAUUUGCCUACUGACUGUACAAGGCGAAUGGUGCCGUUUCGAGCUUCAUCCGUUCUCUGCAGAGAGAAGAGUUGUCGGUCAGUCUCAAUCAUUCUGGCACCCGUCACUCCGAGCACCCACUUUUUUUCUUCAGUAGUUUAGGGCUCACGAUCGUCCUCGACCGGCAGCAGCCAG